CUCUGUUAUCUGUCUCAGUUUAGCUAUUGACAGUACGUCUGUAACACUGUGCGAACUAGGUAGGCUACUAAGUAACUAGUGCGAAGUUGUCUUUUCGACAUAAUGGGUCAAGUUAGUCCGUGUCUGAAAAGCCUGUUCAUUUUCUUCAAUGUCCUUUUUGCGAUUGUGGGAGGAGUGUUCUUCCUCUUGGCUAUCCUGUCCCAGGUCGUUGUCUCCCAUGAGAACACUCAGUUUCAGAGCUACACCACUGGGGUGAUCGUUCUGUAUGUGAUUGGAGGGGUUACCGUGGCAUUGGCUGUCCUCGGAGCCUAUGGUGCUCACAAAGAGAAGAGGAUCCCCCUCAUCGUGUUCAUGUCCAUCCUGUUAGGUGGAGGUCUAAUUCUCAUGCGUUUUGCCAUACCGUCUGCUAUGAUGCGGUCCCAGCUGAAUGGAAGUAUGGAGAAGGCUUUCCGGGAAAUGUUGCCACUGGAUGAGGCUUCUGAAAAUACCAUUGCCCUCACUAACAAGAUCCAGUUCAGUUUGCAGUGUUGCGGCUGGUUCAGCUAUGAGGACUGGCGGGGGAAAGUUCCAGAAUCCUGCUCCUGUCAGACCGUGGCCGAGGAGGAGGAGGGACUCUGCCAGAGUAUCAGCUACAAGGCGCUGUUCAGAAUAAACUCCAAGAUGAUCUACAAUAAGCCCUGCUUCCCUAUCAUUCUGAAGUAUACUGCAAUGUUGCUUGACAUCGGCCUGGGCGUCAUGUUUGGCUUCUCUGCUCUGGCGCUGCUGGGAGCGUUGGUGUCGGGCAUCUUGUUGCACCAGAUGAGGGUCUCCUCUCCCAGGUCCACUUUGAUCUUCAAUGUCCCAACCUUCUCUGCCCAGCCACCCAAAUACACUGAGCUCUUCAACUCUGCAGAGAAGUAGCCUGUGUCUGGUUGUAUUAUAUCAAAUAGCCCAUGAUUGGCUAUGUGCCUAAAAUGGCCGUUCAUAGGUCUCUGCACUGUUCAUCUGCUGGUUGUUUAGUUGGUUUUAUCUGACAGGGCUGCACCUUUUGCAUGUUUGGCAAUGAUUUCUCCUUUUCUGUUUUGUAACUUUUUUGUCUUUUGUAAGUUAGUUUGAGAACAUUUGCAUAAAAGUUUUUAGUGAUUUUAAUUUGCAAACUAUUGCUGUUUUAAGGACUUAAGCAUGUUGAGUUAUUUGGUACAUCAUAUCUGAUCAGCAUUGUUUAUGUAUUCCUUACACUUAAUGACACGUCUGCCUUCUAUUUCCAUAGUGUUGUGAGUGUACACUUGAAAGGGACAACUGGGAUCUAAAAUGAUUGUAUUAUUGCACAUUUUUCUAUUUUUGCUUCCAAAGUUUACAGCAUGUUGCCAACUUGGCUUCUUUACCAAAAUUAAAUAUGUAUUACUCUCA